GUGUGUGUGUGUGGACCUGCUGCUGCUGCUGCUGUGAACGCGCUCUGCGCCGGGCUCGCUCGUCUGCACUGUACGUGACGUCAAACCAGCAUGGCGGUCAAGGUGCAAUCUACUAAACGUGGGGACCCGAGUGAGCUGAAAUCAAUCUUCCAGAAGUAUGCCAGUGUCGCGGACAAGGAUGGGGAGAGGUUCAUGACCCCGGGAGACUUUGUCCAGAGGUAUCUAGGACUACACACACAGAUCCACCACAACCCCAAGACUGUGCAGCUCAUCGCUGCAGUGGCUGACACCACAAAGGACGGGCUGAUCUCAUUCCAGGAGUUUCUUGCUUUUGAGUCGGUGUUGUGUGCGCCUGACGCUCUCUUCAUCGUAGCCUACCAGCUGUUUGACAAGAAUGGAUCUGGAUCUGUUUCCUUUGAAAAUGUACGUGACAUUUUCAGCCAGACCACCGUGCACCACCAUAUUCCCUUCAACUGGGAAUGUGAGUUUAUCCGUCUGCAUUUUGGGCACGACCGCAAGAAAUGCCUCAGCUACCUCGAGUUCACCCAGUUCCUGCAGGAGCUACAGUUGGAGCAUGCACGCCAGGCAUUUGCCCAGAAGGACAAAGGGAAGAAUGGCGUCAUCUCUUCCAUGGACUUCAGUGACAUUAUGGCCACCAUCAGACACCACAUGCUCACACCCUUUGUGGAGGAGAACCUUGUCUCAGCUGCAGGUGGAAGCACCUCUCACAUGGUCAGUUUCUCUUACUUCAAUGCCUUCAACUCCCUCCUGAACAACAUGGAGCUGAUUCGUAAAAUUUACAGCACACUGGCUGGCACGCGGAAGGACACGCUCGCAACUAAAGAAGAGUUUGUUCAUGCUGCCAACAAGUUUGGUCAAAUCACUCCCAUGGAAAUUGACAUUCUGUACCAGUUGUCUGGCCUGCACUCCCCCUCUGGGCGCCUGAACCUAGCUGACAUUGAGAGGAUAACUCCAUUAGAGGAAGGAUGUCUGCCAUACAACCUGGUCGAAAGUCAGAAACAGGCCCAUGGUGACGGCUCCAGGCCUGUCUGGCUUCAGGUUGCGGAGUCAGCCUACAGGUUCACUCUGGGCUCCAUCGCUGGAGCCACGGGAGCGACGGCGGUGUACCCCAUUGACUUGGUGAAGACUCGUAUGCAGAACCAGAGGUCCACAGGAUCCUUUGUUGGGGAGCUGAUGUACAAGAACAGCUUUGACUGCGCUAAGAAGGUGCUCCGCUACGAGGGAUUCUUUGGCUUCUACAGAGGUCUGGUCCCUCAGCUUAUAGGUGUGGCACCUGAGAAGGCCAUCAAACUCACUGUGAAUGACUUUGUUAGAGACAAGUUCACUGAAAAAGACGACACGAUUGCUUUGGCGGCAGAGAUCAUGGCAGGUGCCUGUGCUGGAGGCUCUCAGGUGAUCUUUACCAACCCUCUGGAGAUCGUGAAGAUUCGCCUGCAGGUGGCAGGUGAGAUCACCACCGGACCUCGAGUCAGUGCACUCAGCGUGGUCCGUGACCUUGGUUUCUUCGGCCUUUACAAGGGUGCUAAAGCGUGUUUCCUGAGAGACAUCCCGUUCUCAGCCAUCUACUUCCCCGCGUACGCACACAUCAAGGCCAUGUUCGCCGAUGAGCAUGGCAGGUUGGGAGCUCUGCAGCUUCUCACAGCUGGAGCGAUCGCAGGUAUCCCUGCUGCCUCCCUCGUGACGCCCGCUGACGUUGUCAAGACCCGUCUGCAAGUGGCAGCCCGGGCAGGACAGACAUCUUACUCUGGAGUCAUCGACUGCUUCAGGAAGAUCAUGAGAGAGGAGGGAUUCAGGGCGUUGUGGAAGGGAGCUGGAGCUCGUAUGUGCCGGUCCUCUCCUCAGUUUGGUGUGACUCUGGUGACUUAUGAGCUUCUGCAGCGGUGGUUCUAUGUCGACUUCGGAGGACAUCGUCCGGCAGGAUCUGAGCCCACACCCAAGUCUCGCAUCUCCGAGCUCCCUCCCAUCAACGCGGAGCACGUCGGAGGCUACCGCCUGGCUGCAGCCACCUUCGCAGGGGUGGAGAACAAAUUUGGCCUCCACCUCCCCAAGUUCAAGUCCUCCGGCGUGGCGUCCAUACAUCACCCAGAGCCAGUUGCUGCCACGCCAGCUCAGGCCCCCUAGAGGCCCCAGCAUCUCCAUAUCAUUCUGCUAUCUCUCUCCUCAUCUACCAGGAGCCAGAAACUUAGAUACACAAACAAACACAACGGUUAACAUGCACUCCACAAAUAGGGGCCAUAAGGUUAGGAACAAACAGCCCAUCUACUCUCUCCAGGGUGAAGGUGUGAUCCACUGGUCCCACAGUCCCAGUUGUAGAGGCAGACAGACAGAGACGGGACCAGAGUGCUGACAGUGUUGUAUCUUGAGUGCCUGCUCGCUCCUGGCCUCUUCAUCCUUUGUGUUCCUUCUCUCCAGCAUUUGUAUAAAAUUGACUCUCACUCCUGUCUCUCUCUCAUGAGUAGCUGAUAUGAUUUAUAUUUUGUUUUCUGUCUCAUACUCAGUUUGAGUAGCGCUUCUCAUUUGGACAGCUGGCAUAGAAAUGAUUAGAUUGCUCAGCAUGGUUUUUGGGCGUCACUCUCGAUACAGUCCUCACAGAGGAGGUUACGUACUGUACAUAUUGUAUAACUGCAACAAAGAAAAUGUUACGAGACAGAGCUCCAGCCGUAACAUUCAGUUGGCAUCAUUAUACAGUAGCUGUCAUGUUAAUGGCAACGUGGGGCCUUUGGUCAUGGUCUCUUGAGAAUCGCUCUUACUGAUGUACAAAGUGUUUUCUUGGCGAAACAAGAAUGACGAGCAGAGAAUUAGGUAUUAAUAAAUUAAAUGUAUCUCAAUUCUGUCAUUGUAUUUUAUUGAAAUAAAUCAUCCAUAUGGGUUUAAUUUUA